GUCAUCCUCCCUAGCAGCCUAGCAGACUGCCGCUGCUGCUGUCUGGGCAGCCUUCCUCCUGCCUCCACCCCUUCGGUGGUUACUGGCUGGCUCGGGGCCAGCCAGGGAGCCCCAAGAGAAAGGAGCCGGGAGGAUCUGCCCCUCCUGUCCCGAUGGCCUCCCCCAGGACAGUCACCAUUGUGGCCCUCUCCGUGGCCCUGGGGCUCUUCUUUGUCUUCAUGGGGACCAUCAAGUUGACCCCCAGGCUCAGCAAAGAUGCCUACAGCGAGAUGAAACGUGCCUACAAGAGUUACGUCCGGGCCCUGCCACUGCUGAAGAAAAUGGGCGUGACUUCCAUCGCUCUUCGAAAAAGCAUCGGAACCCUGGAAGUGAUCUGUGGCGUCAUCAUGACCGUGGUCCCUGGCCGUCCCAAAGAUGUCGCCAAUUUCUUCCUCCUCUUGUUGGUGUUGGUUGUCCUCUUCUUCCACCAGCUGGUUGGUGAUCCCCUUAAGCGAUAUGCCCACGCCCUGGUCUUUGGGAUCUUGCUCACCUGCCGCCUGCUGAUUGCCCGCCAGCCUGAGGAACAGCUUAUUGAGAGGAAGGCCUCCUCCAGGGGUGGUGAGGGGCAGGGCGCUCCCCACAAGAAGGUCAAGGUCAAAGUGUCGUAAGGAAGCAGCCCUACAUGGUGGACCUUCCAGGCAGCUUCCUCUGAGUAGCCCGGGAAGAUCUCAGUGCAUUCUGUUCCUUUUUGUUUCUUAAUUGAUUGCUUUUCUGGGAAAGGGGGACCUAAUAUGCCACAUAGUGGUCCUGAUGUCUGUGUUCCCCUAUGCCCUAAAAUUAGCUCCUGACCCAGCCAUAGACCCACCACCUUUUAUCAUGCCUACAUCUGGCUGCAUGUACAUGUGUGUAAGAUUACUUCUCAGGUGUUUGUGUGGCAUAGAUUCCAGCAAGUACUGUUUGGGGGGGGAGGGGAAUGGUGUGUGUGUGGAGAUGUGUGCUUGACUUACGUGUGUAUAGAUGUGAAUGCAGGAGGAGAAGGCUUUGGUCUCAGCCCAAUCCUCUACAGAGAAUCCUCACUUUAUGUACCAGGUGCAUCCUAGCAAAGGUGAAGACAGAUCGAUAUGGCUGCCCCUACAUGAUGGCCGGCAGCGUACAGCUUGGAGGGCCAUGUAGCACUUCCCCAACUUGGCUGACUCUGGGUUCUUUCCUCUGCCACCCGUCCCCAUAUUCCAGGAGUGGCUUCUCUAGCUGGAAAUCCCCCGACAUUACAAUGGACUUCAGAGGACUGGAUCUUUCCCUUUGGGCUUCCAGCACACACUUUCCCAGCAGGUGUCUCUAACUAAUCUUGCCCCGUACACAAUUCCAUAACUCUAAGGUGUUGGAUGAUGUAAAGUUAAUCAGCCUCCUCCUUCACCCAUUGUGCAAACUGGAAAGCCUAAAUACUGAGUUAACUUAGAACCAGGGGCACCUGCAAUGAGCACAAAAUCAAAUCCUGUCAUAAUGGAGAAAUCAGAGGUUCAUAGAUUUUGAGGUGGGAGGGACGUCGGUGAUCACUCUAAGUCCCUUACUGAGCAAAUGAGGAAAGCCCUGAAGGUUCCAGUGACUUGUCCAAGGUUACACAGCUCCGAAGCCCUUUCGAUCCAAAUUCCAUUCCUCUCAUUGUACCCCAUGGCCCAGUCCAAGCCCCCCAAGCCCGAAUGACUACAGAGUCGCCAGCCCGAGCAGCCAAUUUUUCUCCAGACACUGGUGUCUGACUUUGCUAAUCCCAAAGCUGCCUUGCUUCAAGCUUGCUCAGCCACCAAUCAGGGUUUUGCUUCUGCUCGGUCUGCUUGGCUCUCGUAGCUGAGGGAGCAGGAGGGGGACCUGUUCGAUGUCUGUGCACCUCAAGCCCCAGCUGUGCUUCUCCCCAACUCAUCCCCAAAGUGCCCAAGCGAAGCUCUAACUUCUUGCCAAACAGAAGCCCCCUUCUUACUGAUCUUGCACUGAGGUUAAACUGGGUCCAGGUUUGCUACUAGGAGCAGUGUCCUGACCCGUCCCUCCAUCUAUAUCUCUCUUCACUAGACGGGGAGUGUGUGAAAAGAUGCCAGUUGAGCUGAGCAGUCUGUGCAAUUGCUUCCUUUGAUGGAAACUGCUGGCUUUCUUGGAUGUUGGUCAACCAGUUUGGUUUUUGCUGGUUUGGGGGUUGUUAUGCCAGGGAAGGGGAAGAAUGGGAUUGUCAUUUUGGAAAAAAGUGUCACCAUUCUUGGUAAAUGGCUCCCUCCCCUCUCCCCUUUUUGUCUCAUACUUUCCAAAUAAACUUUUAGAAAUUUGAAGGAGA